GGGAAUUGCAAAGCUGAGCAGGGAAUCAGGGCUGAGGGCGCGGCAGGACCACGGAGAGCGCCAGGGCUGCGACCAGGGCGGGGCGUCGCUGAGUCCCCGGAACCCCCCAGGGGGCGCUCGAGAGGAGGCUUAAGAACUAGUAUCUUGCUGGGCUGCUGGGCGCAAGGGUUUCGUCAGAAGGUGGAAAUCUCAGCUAGAAGCUGCCAUCUCCUGGCUCUCACCCCUCCCUCCCUCCCUUCCUUUCCUUCCUCCCUCACUCCUCUGCUCCCUCCCUCCUUCCCCAGUUCCUUCCUCUUUACUCAGCGAGUUCCUGAGCCCAGCAUCUCCUUUCACGCUGUUCACCCUCUCCCCCAGCCCCCACCCCCAAGAAUGGAGUCGGGGUUUCCAGAGCUACCAAACUCUCCUCCCAGCAUCUUUAUGCUCCUCGGCUGUUGCUAAACUGCCCCCAGAGGACCAAAGAGGGGGAAGGAAAGCCCGACCCUCCUAAGACCUCUUUACAACUACAUCACCCAGGACCUCCACUCCAAAGGCGGAUUUUGCAUCCUGGGGGCGUGACAGACCUGUCCUGGGCUGAAUUCUCUUUCUAGUCUUCGAGGCUGGCACACCCAGAAUGAAGAAGAUGAGCAACAUUUAUGAGUCAGCUGCCAACACGCUGGGAAUCUUUAACAGCCCCUGCCUGACCAAAGUCGAGCUGCGUGUGGCAUGCAAAGGCAUUUCUGACAGAGAUGCUCUGUCCAAGCCGGACCCUUGUGUCAUCCUCAAGAUGCAAUCCCAUGGGCAGUGGUUCGAGGUGGACAGGACGGAGGUGAUUCGUACCUGUAUAAACCCAGUGUACUCAAAGCUAUUUACGGUGGACUUUUACUUUGAAGAGGUCCAACGUCUCCGGUUUGAAGUCCAUGACAUCAGCAGCAACCACAAUGGGCUGAAGGAGGCUGACUUCCUGGGUGGCAUGGAGUGCACACUUGGCCAGAUUGUAUCCCAGAGAAAGCUUUCUAAGUCUUUGCUGAAGCAUGGGAACACAGCAGGGAAAUCCUCCAUCACGGUGAUUGCUGAAGAAUUAUCGGGCAAUGAUGACUACGUGGAGCUUGCAUUCAAUGCACGGAAAUUGGAUGAUAAGGAUUUCUUCAGUAAAUCCGACCCAUUUCUGGAGAUUUUCAGAAUGAACGACGACGCUACUCAACAGCUCGUGCACCGGACAGAGGUUGUGAUGAAUAACUUAAGCCCAGCCUGGAAGUCAUUCAAAGUAUCGGUAAACUCUCUAUGCAGCGGAGAUCCAGACCGCAGGCUGAAGUGCAUAGUGUGGGACUGGGACUCCAAUGGCAAGCAUGACUUUAUUGGAGAGUUCACCUCCACCUUCAAGGAGAUGAGAGGAGCCAUGGAAGGGAAACAGGUACAGUGGGAAUGCAUCAACCCCAAGUACAAGGCCAAGAAGAAGAAUUACAAGAACUCAGGCAUGGUGAUUCUGAAUCAGUGCAAGAUCCACAAGAUGCAUUCCUUCUUGGACUACAUCAUGGGUGGCUGUCAAAUCCAGUUUACAGUAGCUAUAGAUUUCACUGCCUCUAAUGGAGAUCCCAGGAACAGCUGUUCCCUGCACUAUAUCCACCCUUACCAGCCCAAUGAGUACCUAAAAGCCUUGGUGGCUGUGGGAGAGAUUUGCCAAGACUAUGACAGUGACAAAAUGUUCCCGGCUUUUGGGUUUGGCGCCAGGAUACCCCCGGAGUACACGGUCUCUCAUGACUUUGCAAUCAACUUUAAUGAAGACAACCCGGAGUGUGCAGGAAUUCAAGGAGUCGUGGAAGCCUAUCAGAGCUGUCUUCCCAAGCUCCAGCUUUAUGGUCCUACCAACAUCGCUCCCAUCAUUCAGAAGGUUGCCAAGUCAGCCUCAGAGGAGACAAAUACCAAGGAGGCAUCGCAAUACUUCAUCCUGCUGAUCCUGACAGAUGGUGUCAUCACAGACAUGGCUGACACUCGGGAGGCUAUCGUCCAUGCCUCCCACCUCCCCAUGUCAGUCAUCAUCGUGGGAGUGGGGAACGCCGACUUCAGUGACAUGCAGAUGCUGGACGGUGAUGAUGGAAUUCUAAGGUCACCCAAGGGAGAGCCUGUCCUUCGAGACAUCGUCCAGUUUGUGCCAUUCCGGAACUUCAAACAUGCGUCGCCAGCUGCCCUUGCAAAGAGUGUGUUGGCCGAAGUCCCAAAUCAAGUCGUGGACUAUUACAAUGGUAAAGGGAUUAAACCAAAGUGUUCAUCGGAAGUGUAUGAAUCGUCCCGGACACUGGCACCGUGAACGCCACACUCUUACAGAAUUCUGAAGCACUGUUUAUUCUAUCCUUGUACUUUAAAAUAACAACAAAAACAAUAAUAUACAUUUAAAGAUAGCACGUUUUGAUGGUUUUUAACUAACUGACAUUUUUUUUGCAUGUGUACCCCCAAGGUCUGGAUCUGUUAAGCCCUUGUAUUGUUAAAGACUUUUUACAAUGAAAUACAGCUAUAACAUACUCUUUACAGCAUGUCGCCUUGAAAUUAAAAUGGCAUAUGUAUCCAUUUUUAUACCGGUUUGUUGAAAUUUUGCUAAAUUUCUUAUUAUCUUUACACUGUAAAGCAUUUUGAAACAUUUCUUGAAUGUUGAUAGCCAAAACGUAUAUUUGGCUUAAUCUCCUAUAGGAUGAGAGACUUUUCAAAAUGGCAGAUGCAUGGACUGUAUUUUGCAUGUUUAAAAUAAUUAUAAUAAAAAUAACCUUACACUGUUUUUCCAGUUGUUAUCUAUAAUCUCUCCCUGCUGAGAAUGGUCUCUCUCUACUAAAUAAAUUUAUGUACCUAGAGGUAGUCUUUUGUGAAGCGGGCCUGGGUCAUUUAUCCCAGAACCCAUCUUUACACACUCCCAUAGACAAAAAUUCUGCAAGAAUCUUCUUCUAAUGAAGCUUUCUAAUGCAGGGCCUGAGGUUCUGCACUUCUUAUGUGGUCCUCAGUGAUGCUAAUGCAUUCCUUGCACUGCACAAGGACUAAUGAGGUUCUGAACUUGAGGCUUUUGCCACAGAGCUCAUGCCAAACAAAGCAGCUCCUAGCCUGCUUGUUCAUGCCACCUCUUGUGCCCCCAGUAGUUUAGAGGGCCAGUCUCUCUCUGAGAUGAGACUAGAAGGUAAGGAGAUUGAUUCCAGAAGCCGUCCACCCCACAUCAGCCUGCUUUACAGCCCUGCCACUUCCUCUUCGGGACUGAGGAGCACUCCUUUCAGCUUGCUCCUGCUUGGCUAAAAGAGGCACCACAGCUCCCUGCAUGGGUGGUUCCAUUUUUAUGUCAGUUCCUAGAAAUUAUUUCCCAAGAUUCCUCCCGUGGAUCUUGAGUGGAAUCUUAUUCAUUCCAAAUAGCUGCCCAGGUUUCCAUUCUAAUUGCUCGGUCUUUGAGCUCACUGUUGGGGGCUUCUUUUGGCCUCUUUUGUAUCCUGACUAACUAAUACUGCUAACGUCCACAAGCAGAAAUGCCCUGAAUCAGGUAGGGUGGGGAUAUUUUGUCUGAAUCUAAGGAAGUCUUAAACCAAAACAAUGACCUCUUCUCAUCCUUUCUUGGAGAAAUGGACAAAUGUUUUAUAAGCUAUCAAAGGCACAAAAUGUAACUUAUUUUUGGUCAGAAAAAUAGUGAAAUGUAUCCAAAGUAAAAGAAUUCUGUUGUUGGGGUAGGUUUUGGUUCUGUUUGUUUUUUUAGGGGAAACAAUAAUAAUUAAACAAAUAAAAUGUCUUGUACAAUUUCCAGAGCUAGAAUUAUAGACUAUCUUGCAAAUACAUGUCAACCAAAUGCAUAACAUUUUGGGAAUGAUGGUUUAAAAAAAUGUACGACAGAAAAAAAAAGUCACAACUGUUUAGAUUGUAUUGUUUUCUGAAUAAAUUGGGUACUUACAGAA